AUGGUUGGAAUUCAGUGGAUAUGGACAGCUCUGUUGCUGGCUGCAAUUUGUUUCCUUUUUCAAGAAUUGUUCAUCAUGAAGAAGAGGAACAGAUUGCCUCCAGGUCCAAGAGGGCUUCCAAUUUUGGGGAAUAUACUCAUAUUAGGGAAGAACCCUCAUCAGGAUUUGUGCAAAUUAGCCAGAAAACAUGGUCCUAUUAUGCAUCUGCGCCUCGGGCCUUAUCAUGAAAGCUCUUGGUAUCUUAGUUAUGAGCAGAGGAACUUGAGUUUUCGUCCAUAUGGUUCUUAUUGGAGAAAUAUCCGAAAGUUCUGCAUCUUAAAUUUGCUUAGUACUCGCAAGAUAAAUUCAUUCCAGCCCAUGAGAAGAAGAGAAGUUGGAGCUUUGGUCGAAUCACUCAAAAGAGCAGCUGCUGAUUCUUCUGCUGUUGAUCUUAGUGCUGCAAUUUCAUCCUUAGGCGCAAACAUGAGUUGCUUGAUGAUCUGUGGAAAAGAAUACACGGACAAGGAUAUCGAUGACAGGGGAUUUAAAGAUGUCAUUGGAGAAGCAAUGCACAUUGGAGCAAUACCAAAUCUUGGAGCAGAAGCAAACCAAGAUUUUGUGGAUAUCAUGCUUGAAAUCAUGCAAUCUGGAGAAUCUGAGUUUGAGUUUGAUCGCCGUCACAUCAAAGCUGUAGUAUUGGAUAUGCUUGUUGCUUCAAUGGACACAUCAGUGACAGCAAUUGAAUGGGCCAUUUCAGAUCUUCUCAGGCAUCCCGAAUCAAUGAAGAAACUCCAGGAAGAGUUAGGCAAAAAAAUCGGAAUGGACAGAAUGGUGGAAGAAUCAGACCUGGAAAGCUUACAGAACUAG